AUGCUGUACGUGACUGUGCUUCUGGCUUUGUUGCUCGGUAGUGGAUGGACGUCACAACGAGGAAACGCCCAAGAAAUCGACCAUAUAAAUAAGAGUGCCUUACAGAACGAACAAUCGCUUCAAUGGAGGAACAUCGAGAAAGAAUAUGCUGCUAUGAACAGUUGCCAACCAGCAGCAUUGAAUAUUACCGUUUCAAAAUGGAUAGUAAACGUUGAAGAAUGGAGAGAAGAAAACAAUAUCGACGUGGUCUACGAGGUUGUUGUCCAUUACAUGAAACCCUACAACGCAGUAUCGGGCAACUAUACACUGUUUAAGGAUAUCGCACUCCCGGCGCACGAUAAGUGUAAUAUUGACGUGGUAGAAGUAUGUCGAACAGACUUGCAAAAAUCCAAUUGCGCGUGUGGACAGUGGAAACCAAGUUUUAAAACAGACCAAUUAAAAGUUUUGGAAAUUGCAAGUGAACGUAAGUCAUACAACCUAACAUGGCUAGUAGAAGGCGAGGAUUGUGUCGAUCGAUAUGAAGUAGUUCUGUCUGGUAAACCCCUAAGUACGAGGAAUCCUUACGUUACACUAGAUGGUUUCACAUUACAACAACCAUAUCGCAUUGAAAUCAAGGUGAUAUAUCAAAAUGGAGAAACGAUACAAAAAUAUAUCGAUAUAUGUGUAUAUGAUGCACGUAAAUCCGCAAGCUCAUCGCAGUGCAGCUUUGACUUCAGUAUACUGAUGGGAGAAAAUGAGACCUGGAAUAAUCCAGGCACCUUCAAUGCUGUAUGUAAGAAAUCGACUCCUGUCUCUUGUGUGCCGGUCAAUAAUCGUGCUUCAUUGGCUAAGAGGCCAUCGGCAAUCCGAUUCCUUGCAGCCACACCUGUUUCGCCAAAGGUUUCUGGCUUUCCGUCCAAUUGUCCUGUGCGAUCAAUCUCUACUUCUGGCGAUGUAACCAUCAGGCCACAAACGAUCGGACCGGUACGAGAUCUUCGUGCAAACACGGAUAUUGACAGAAGCAUCUUGUUGACAUGGCGACCUCCAAAGGUUGGUUCGCAUUGCGUUAAGGAGUACCAAAUCACAUGGUCAUCCGAAAGUCGGUUCAUUGAUGCAUCGAACACGACGUACAAUGUAACGGAUCUGGAGUCAUGUGCCACGUACCAGUUCACGGUACACGCAAUCGAUCAUUCCAACGAUAAAGGAGAGCCGGAAAGUAUUACCGCAACGGUGCGUGAACUCCAGCAGCUGUCCGAGGUGACCGAGCUGGAAUUGAACGAAGUAGAACCGCGAUCACUGUCCGUCAAAUGGAAACCUCCGACCAAUGGGAGUUUUUGUGUGGAGUCGUACCGCAUAUCGGCAUGGUACAAUGCACCCGAAACCGGCCAAGCCGUGGAAGUGUUCUCGAACACCACCAGCGAACAGCAUGUUAUAUUCGGCGAGGUGAUCGCUUGCAUGUUGUACACGGUGCAAGUUAUACCGAUCUCCAUCAGCAAGAAUGACGGUCUGAACGAGAUUGGUUCGGUGAGGACAAAGGAACGAACGAUCUUCUCCUAUCAUGUGGAACCAAUCCGCGCAAUAGUAACAAGCUCCCGCAGUCUGGAGCUUUCAACGAUGCUGCUUAGCGAGAACAAUAACAACUGUCUGUUGAUCAGUGUACAGUAUAAUUGUACCAUGAUGGUAGAGAACGAGCCUGUUCCCAACUCACAGAUUGUAAAGGAAUUCGUCAUCCCAAACUCCAAUACCAGUUUUGAAGGCAUAGUGGAGCCUUUGGUUCCGUUCUCGGUAUAUACGUGCAACGCUCGGAUUCAGAACAUAGCGGGCUGGAGCGAUCCAACAUCGUCAUUAGAGUUCAGAACGGCAGAAGAUGUGCCCGAUAGUCCAAGUUUGUUGGAGCUAGUUGGACAGAAUCGUUCCAUAGAAAUCAAUUGGAAAGCCCCUACCGUGAAGAAUGGAGUGGUUGUACGCUAUCGGAUACAUGUCCGCAUGAUCGAGCCGAUGUACAUACUACCCAAGCAGUGUACACCGUUGGAAGAGUUCAACGAAACGGUGGACCUGCGCGACGAAGUGAAUCCCGAUGAGGCACGCAGCUGGGAUGGAUUUGAAUUUCAGCACGUAGUUGCGACGUUGAAUCCCUACACGCUGUACACGGUACAGGUGGCGGCCGCUACGGGUGCCGGAUUGGGUCCGUAUACGGAGCCGAAAGAAGUAGUCACGCUGCCUGAUGUUUCCAACACAACCGAGAGCUUCCAAAUCGAUAAAAUCGAAGGUCCGGAGCUAGAUCAACCUUACAAAUCAUCGGUGUUGUUUUCCUGGAGUCUUCCUUGUGGUUUACACGGAAGGCUUACACGAUUUGUUGCCCAGAUGGAUGGUACUCGCGAGCAAGAUCCACCGCAUUCUAUAGAUUGGGAGGUUGGCAUUGGUGAAGAAGACGUGAUAAAUGAUACCUACAGCUACGUGGAAAGUCGCCUGAAGCCCGAAUACAACUACACUGUGUCGAUGAGGGUGGAAGUAGCGAACGUGGGUGAGCUCAGCCCAGGCGUGCAGUUACAGUUCUAUUCUCCGGCAGGAAUUCCGACGAUCGAUCACACGGAGGAAUGGUUCAAUGUGGAUGUUUUCGAAGCGCCCAAUCCCACCAACACGGCCCGCAUAGUGCUGGGCAACAUGACGCUAACGUCAGACUUUGGCAGUGUACGCUAUAUGGCACUGUUGAUAUCGGAACGGCUGUGUCAGCAGGAUCCAGUGCCCCGUACCGCCUUCAUCGACAACUCCGAAGAGCCCCAAUGGCCCGAGGUACCGGAUUGGUACCGGGCCACCAAUAUGCGGUGUGUGGAACAGUACCAGACGACACCAAAGUUUUGGAAUCCGAUGACGGGCCGUUCGGUGCGCGAGGAAAGACGGAGCGGAGGUAUAGAGUACGUCGUAGGCAAGGAUAGUUGCCAGGGGUGGGGAAAGGACAAUGUUCAGGACUAUUGCAACGGGCCGCUCAAACCAGGCACGGAGUAUGCGCUCAUCGUGCGAAUAUUCUCCCGCAGCGGUUACACCGAUUCAGAAAUGCAGGUGUUCCGCACGGAUUCGUUGAUAAAGGUAGGCCUCAUCGUGAGCGCUGUCUUCGGCUGUCUGCUGUUGGCGUUUAUCUUGGGGCUAGUGAUUGUGUGGCGUAAGCAACGGUUGCUGCUACCGGCUCAGCAAACGGGACGCGCACCGACGGAGGAACCGUCCGACAUUCCGCUGAAGAAUUUCCCAGCCCAGUGCGACGAGCUGUUCCAAUCGAACCGUGAAAAGGUUUCGAAAGAGUUCCAAGCGAUCAACUACUUCUCCGACUUCGCCCUCCAGGAGACGGUUAGCUUUCAGAGUGCGCGGGAAAACGAGCGCAAGAAUCGUUACAUCAAUAUCUUGCCGUUCGACUCGAACCGCGUGCUGCUGGACAGCAACGACGACGAUGAGGAUAUCGAAAAUGGUGUUAACGAUUACAUCAAUGCAUCGUUCAUCGAGGGAUACAAAUACCAGCGAGAAUACAUUGCAACGCAGGGUCCCAAGCAGGAAACGUGCAACGAUUUCUGGCGUAUGGUGUUGCAGUACGAGAUCGAAUCGAUCGUUAUGCUCACGCAACCGAUCGAUCACGAUAAGAACAAGUGUUGCCAAUACUUUCCACGUUUCAAUCAGUCCGUCGACUUUGGCGACAUACGGGUGAAGUGCACGCAGGAACUGAACCUAUCCUUGUACUACAAGCGUCUGUUUCUAGUUUCGAAGGGAAAUCUGACAAAGGCUGUGUUUCAUUACCACUUUCUGGAAUGGCCGGAUCACAGCUGUCCCGCCAGUACGGCGGAUCUGAUCAAGUUCUCCAAAAUAGUGCGCGCUGAGCGGAAGAGCUACGCCAUACCGCUGGUGAUACACUGUAGCGCGGGUGUCGGCCGUACCGGUACCUUCAUUGCGCUGGACAUCAUUCUGCAACGGAUGCAGCAGGAGAAGAAAAUCAACGUGUACGAUACGGUGAAGCGAUUACGCCGCCAGCGUGUGAAGAUGGUGCAAACGCUCGAUCAGUACGCGUUCCUUUACCAAUGCUGCCUGGAAUAUGUAUCCAAGAAUAAUCGUAAAAAACCAAAGACAAGCAACGUUGAGGUCAUCCGACGCGAUGAUAAAGACAAACCGUAUCCUGAUGUGAUUCUGGACGUGGAGCAGUUACGGGUCGCCGUAGGUAGCGGAGGAAAGCCAUUGUUUAACAUCAAGUUUCCAAAGUCCGUCAACGCUGGGAUAGGGAGCGCGAACAGCUUUGCUCCGAGCGAAAUUGAAAGUGAAAAAUAA